UGUGUUUCCCCGCCCCUCCCUUCCCGCGAGGCGAGAGCGGCGACCGGUAUCCGCGGGGACUGGGCGGUUGGCGGGCGUCGCGCGGUUCUGAGUGUGGGAGAGAAACCAGAGGGGCUUUGGCACGUGCAAGGAGAGAGAGACACACACACACAAUGGGUGAAGCUCUACAGAAGAAGCUACAGGGGGAGCUAGACAAAUAUCAGCAGCUGCAGAAAGAUAUGAGCAAAUGCAUGACAGCCCGUCAGAAGCUGGAAGCUCAGUUGACGGAGAACCAUGUGGUGAAGGAGGAAUUGGACCUGCUGGACCCCUCUAACUCUGUCUACAAGCUCAUUGGGCCGGUGCUGGUGAAGCAGGACACGGAGGAAGCCAAAGCAACCGUGGGAAAGAGGCUGGAGUACAUCACAGGGGAGAUCAAACGCUACGAGGCUCAGAUUCAGGACUAUGAGCGGAAGUCGGAGCAGCAUCGGGAUGCCCUGGGCCGGCUGCAGCAGGAGUUCCAGCGGACCCAGGGCAAGGUGUCCGUCAAAACUUGAAGGGGCAGUGCAGAGGGAGGAGUGGGCCAGCCAGCCCCCAGGCCUGCCAUUUGGGCCUUUUUGGAUCCCUUCAAAUAAAAUUCUGUUGGACCUUU